AUGAAUAAAAUAAAAGUGCAAAAAACGAUUGAUAGUUUUUUCCCUGUUAAAAGAAAAAAAAGCACAAUUACGAGUAAUGAGGGUGGGAUGAAUAAUUCGUUCGAUUCCGUAACGAGUACUUGUGUUGAGGAGUUGGAUAGGGCGGAUAAUGAUGCCAAGAAAAGGAAGAUAGACGGCACUGCGGAGGUUGGAACAGCUCUCGAUGAGGUCCCCGCGUUUAAGGGGGGAGUAAACAAGGAGGAUGUUGCUACGUUGAAGGAGACGACAAACAAGGAAGACGUAUCUACUUUGAAUGAGAAAAGCGCUGCGGAACCAGCGACCUACCCCUACGCCGAAGAAAUAAAGAACCUAAUGCACGCAGAAUGGUACGAGCAGUUAAAAGACGAGUUACGAAAAGGUUAUUUUCAAAAAAUGUAUCUGAAGAUAAAGGAGGAGAGAAAAACGAAAGUGAUAUACCCCCCAGCUCGGCUAGUAUUUAAUGCCUUCUUAAAAACACCCCUGUCAAAUAUAAAAGUAGUGAUUGUAGGUCAGGAUCCCUACCAUCAGAAGGGCCAAGCCAUGGGUUUGUGUUUUUCCGUACCCAUUGGUAUUAGAAUCCCACCAAGUCUGAAAAACAUUUUAAAAGAAAUAAAACAUACUAGUAAUCAUGGAGACUUAAUUAGUUGGGCAGAGCAAGGAGUGUUCCUACUAAACACAUCUCUAACUGUCGAGGAGAACAAACCCGCUUCACACAAAAAUUACGGAUGGGAAACCUUCACCGAUAAAGUCAUAAACAUUAUAAAUGAGAAAAAGGAGAAAAUCAUCUUCAUGCUAUGGGGAAACUUUGCCAUAAAGAAAUGCUCGAAAAUAGAUACAAAGAAGCAUUUUAUUUUAAAGGCGGGACACCCAUCUCCCUUAAGUGUGAGGCACUUUGCCAACUGCGACCAUUUUAACAAGUGCAAUGAGAUUCUCAAGCGAAACGGCAUGACGCCGAUCAAGUGGGAGUUGCCCCAGUGA